AUGAUCUCUUGCCAACUACAUCAAAACUACUCGACCCUUUACAACGUUACGCUUAUCGCACAUCGCCAGCUAGUGUCGCAAGAAGUCCUCUCCGCCUUACAGUCAAUCGAAUCUGUCCAUUCUCUCCUCUUAGUUUGUUUAUGGCCGGUCCCCCAAGAGCAUCAUUUUGACGACCCUUCUUGGGAGCACAUUGGCCUUGCCAUCAAUGCUGCCUUGCGAUUCAAUUGUCACAACCCGUUAUCGGAGAACAGUCCGAUCAGGGGCUGGAAGGUCUUAGGAGGCGCCUAUGCAAAUGAUUUGAACAUCACCACCCAGCGUAAGACGUGGUUAGCUUGUUUUAACAUCAGUACUCAACUCAGCAUCUUCUUAGGGUUCAGUCCCAAAUUCUCCACACCCCGGCAAUUCAAGGAACUCAAAAAGGCCAAAGAUGGUGUGUAUUCCAGCAUGGCCGAACAGCCGUCUUUUCCAUUGCUAGCACAGCUGGAGCUCAAUCAAAUCACGUGUCUCUAUCAGUCAAAUAUUGAUACAGACGAGGAUAUUAGCAGCUAUUUCACUAGUGCAGCAAUGUUCGACAGUAUGCUCGACCAAGUCAAACAGAAAUACCUCGCAUGUUGGAAUUCCAACCUGGAGGUGAUCUUUCAUGGAUCUAAACUCUAUCUCUACGCCUUGAGUUUUGUCUUAGUAUCCAAGGUAUCCUCCACAACUUCGGUCCAUAUCUCACCGAACAUAUUGGCCCAACACUACCUUAUCCUUCAAAGAGGCUUGCACUCUGCCUUACAGUUGAUCUCCGCCAUGACCGACAUCAGUCUCUCAUCCAGCCCAGCCACCACGAACUACCCAGUGAGGCUGUUGACCUUCCAUGCCAAAAGCUACUUCACGCAUCUUUACUUCGCGGUCAUGUUCAUAUUUCGUGCUCUCGUCGGCAGUGAUCACGCGAUUGUACUCCCACAGGAUCGCAAAACUAUCGUCUCAGCCCUUCAAGACGCGUCUAAGAUCUUUCGGUCGUUUCCGCAGCACCGUGACCAUGCCCGAGCUGCAAUCAAUAUUCCUUUGUUGGUCCAUAUCCUCCGUGAGAGGGCACAAAAUCGACUAGCAAGCGGAUCCUUGUUGAUUUCUCGGCCGCACUCGCUUGUUGUCGAGAAUCGGCUUGGCGCCUCUUUGCUGUUCGACUGUUCUUUCCAUGUUUGGGAAGAGCGAAAUCGUACCAUGACACCGGUCGGAACUGGCCCAAAUAUUCUGCACCACCGCUGCCAAAAGUUGAAAGACCAUAACUCCCUUUCGCAAAAGAAAAUAUCUUCGUGGAAAACGCUCUCGGAGCAGUGUCCAGAGUAUCUACCGGACACACCGAAACCCUCGCCUUUCCCACCAUUGCCUCCAGAUAGCAUUCUGGUGCCACAGUCAGAGGAGAUGCUGGCACCGGGAUCUUUCAACAGUGUGAACGAUGCUAGUACAGACUGGGGGUGGUCAGAGUUUGAUCGGGAUAUCGCCGAUUGUGGAGUUAGCUUUGAGCUGCCUCCUGUCCCACCUGUGAUGAAAGCAGUCUGUGAUGAUGAUUAUUGA